AAAUGUGGUCUAUUUGGUGGAAAACAGUUGAUUAUUUUUACUUCGGAGGAUGCACAUUAUUCCGUGGAAAAAUUAGCUAUGUUCAUGGGAUUUGGCAGUGAAAAUGUUUGCAAAAUUGCAACAAAUAACUUAGGUAAAAUGGAUGUUGGCGAUCUAGAGACGAAAAUCCAGCGAUAUUUAAGUGAAGAUGCUCGUCCACUAAUGGUAUCCGCUACAGCCGGCACAACGGUUUUGGGUGCAUUUGAUGAUUUAAAUAGUAUAGCUGAUAUAUGCGAGAAAUAUAGCAUGUGGUUCCACGUUGAUGCAGCUUGGGGUGGCGGAGCUCUCGUUUCAAAGAAAUAUCGUCAUUUACUGAAUGGAAUUGAACGGUAA